AGAAAGAAAAAAAAAGAGAGAGAAUAGAAAAGAAAGAAAGGUGGAAAGGGGGCAAAGAGCGUGUUUGAGGGGGCUCCCAGCUCUUCGUCACAGGUGUGCGAUUGUGUGAGUGGUGCAUGUGUGUGUGUGCAUGUCGAGUGCUGCUGCUGCGUGCGUGUUCUCCUCACUCCGUCUCUGUUCUCCCGGCUUCUUCCAGAAGGGGCGGUAGAAUUGCCAGAAACAAUCCAGCCCGAGAUUGACAGAUUAGAGGAAACGAGGAGCGAACCGCCGCUGCCGCCGCCGCCACCAAAGCAACCGUCCGAUUUCCAACCAACAAAUUAAAUAAAAUGGAUCGCUCUUGUUUCUACUACUCGCCCACAUGAAAAAUCUCAAACAAAACUAGAUUAACAAAAUACAAAUAUACAUAUAACAUAAAAAUAAAACGUAACUUAGUGAGCAUUGUCUUCUCUUCUCGUAAAUCGAGUAAAUCAAUUGCUUUUUAUAGCAGAAACGAAAAUUAGAAAUAAAAACGAAACAUGAGUUACCACUAUACGACGGUGUUGAAUUUUCGGGACGCGCGGACGAAGAUGUCCCGGGUAUCUCAGCUGUUCUAUACCGUCGAGGUCGGGGACACCAAAUUCACGAUCUUGAAACGCUACCAAAGUCUGAAACCCAUCGGUUCCGGCGCCCAAGGCAUCGUCUGUGCCGCCGUUGAUACCGUCACCCAGCAGAAUGUGGCCAUAAAGAAGCUCAGUCGCCCCUUCCAAAAUGUGACGCACGCGAAGAGGGCCUACCGCGAGUUCAAACUCAUGAAACUCGUCAACCACAAAAACAUUAUCGGUUUGCUGAAUGCGUUCACGCCGCAGAUAUCGCUGGAAGAGUUCCAGGAUGUCUACUUGGUGAUGGAGUUGAUGGACGCGAAUCUGUGUCAGGUGAUUCAGAUGGACCUGGAUCACGAGAGGAUGAGUUACCUGCUCUAUCAGAUGCUGUGCGGCAUCAAGCAUCUGCACUCGGCCGGCAUCAUACACAGGGAUCUGAAGCCGAGCAACAUCGUCGUCAGAUCGGACUGCACGUUGAAGAUUCUGGACUUCGGAUUGGCACGGACGGCGGGGACGACCUUCAUGAUGACACCGUACGUGGUGACCAGAUACUACAGGGCGCCGGAGGUCAUCCUCGGCAUGGGAUACACGGAGAACGUGGACAUCUGGUCCGUAGGAUGCAUCAUGGGUGAGAUGAUACGCGGCGGCGUCCUCUUUCCCGGCACCGAUCACAUCGACCAGUGGAACAAGAUCAUCGAGCAGCUGGGCACGCCGUCCGCUCAAUUCAUGAUCCGGCUGCAGCCGACGGUCCGCAACUACGUCGAGAACAGGCCUCGCUAUCCCGGCUUCACGUUCGACAAACUGUUCCCCGACCUGCUGUUCCCCUCCGACAGCAGCGAGCACAACAGGCUGAAGGCGAGCCAGGCGCGCGAUCUUCUCUCUCGCAUGCUCGUCAUCGACCCGGAGCGCCGGAUAUCCGUCGACGACGCCCUCCUGCAUCCGUACAUCAACGUCUGGUACGACGAGGGGGAGGUGAACGCGCCAGCACCGGGUCCAUACGAUCACAGCGUCGACGAGCGGGAGCACACCGUCGAGCAGUGGAAGGAGCUCAUCUACCAGGAGGUAAUGGAGUACGAGAGCUCGCACAACAACGCGCGCGGACCCGCAGCCGCCGGCAACGCCGCCCCCAACGCCUCAUCCUCAACCUCGUCCACGCAGCCGAGCCCGGCGGCCGGCUCAGAACCGAACGGCACCGAAUCCUCACUACGGUAGACCAGGGUCUGAUCAGGUGUUUGAUUAAUGGUGCGCAGUUAAAGCCAAGUGAAACAUAAAUUAUAAUAACGAGAGAAGAGGGAGAGAGAGAGAGUGUGGAAGAGGAUGAUGUGGAGGAGGAGGUGGAGAGACCGCAAAGAUGGGAUGGAAGAAGAUGAUGAGUUUUAGGAGCAGAACACACGUGCAAACAAAAACAUAAUAAAUUUAAGCAAAAAAAAAAAACAAAAACAGAAGCAAACAAACGUAAAAAAAAAUCUAUAAUUAUAUACAUAUAUAUAUAUAAAUUAACAAAAAAAAAACAAAAAAAAAAUCCGAACUUAAACAAUAAGACAAACAGACAGCCAGAAGGAGAGGAGAGAUCCGGAAACGCGUGUACACCUAGGAACUACGUUGUGUUGUUGUUUGUUUAUUUUUAUCUAGUGCAAAAUAAUUAAUGAAUUAAUAAGUAACAAAAUAAGGCAAAACUACAUACGUAUUACGUGCAUACAAACAUACAUACACACAUGUUCUAUGUGUUGUAUAUAUAGUUAUACAUACACACACACACACAAACACACGAGAUAGAAAGAGAGAACAAAUUUUUCUUUUUUUUCUCCAAUUCGAGCUGAAGAACAAGAAGGCCGUUAAAGAGUAAACGAAGAGUAAACUUCGUUUAUAAAUCCAUUUACACGUGUGAUAUAACUAAAAGAAUUAAUUUUGAAGAGAAGAAGUAAAAAAAAGUAAUAAAUAUAUACAAGAACAAUGGGAUGUAAGAAGUGGAGCAGGCGAUGAAAAUAAAACCAACAGGCUGUAAUUUAUCUACUCUACCUUUGAAAUCUAUCUAUAUAUGUGUGUGCGUGCGUGUGUGUGUAUUUAAAAGAAGAAGUGAAUUGCCAACUGAAAAGUAGCAGCAGCAGCAGCGACAACAAAGAACCGAACGAGACAAUCCAUUUCUUAUUAUUCAAUUGUUUGUGUUUUUAGCUGUUGGCAAUCGCGGAGAUUCGCGAACAGUUGAACUAAACAAAAGCACACACCCCCUCAACGCUCCCAUCGAUAUGAUAUACUUUGUAAUGUUGUUGUUGUUGUCGUUGUUUUUGUAACCUCUCCGGCCACCGUGUGUCCUAAAAUAAACUAAACUAGCCAAUGGAGGAAUGGCGAACGCGCGCGCAUUCCACAUGUAACAGAAAAACCACCAAGAAUUGAAGCAAUAUUUCUAAUAGUCGUUGUUCUCUCUAUUACUAACACUUACUUUAUAAAAAAAAACAAAUAAUAUGUAUACGCCGGGUGGUUUCCAUUAGUGACGUUCGUAUUUUUCUUUUUUGUUUGUUCGUUUUUUUCUUUCAUGAGUAAAGUGUGAAACCCCGCGCGUGCGACGAUGAUAUACGUAUUACAUGUAUUUAAUGAAGAAGGAGAAGAAUAAUAAGAAAUGCAUAGGUAUAAAAUAAAUAAAUAAAAUAUGAAUUUCCUCUGUUGAGGCGAAUGCAGAAGAAACCGAGAGAGCAGCCGUCGUUCUCCUCACAACAUUAUCGUUUCCCUUUUCGUUUCUUUCAACUGUAGUCGUUCUUUCGAUAGACAUUAUAUAUUGACUAAAUAAGUAAAAUGAAAUAAUAAUAUUAAUAAUGAUAAACUAAAUGUAGCAGCGUUUCAUAGAGAGAGAGAGAGAGAGAGAGGGACAAUGUAAUCGUAUAUUACGUUUCUUUUUUUUUUUU